CUGCUGCUGCAGUAACAUGGUCACUCUCCAUCCGGCAGCUCACACUCACAGGACCGGAGGAGGAGGAGGUGAAGCCGGGGACCAUCACACACACACGCCGGCCGCUGACUGCACCACCACCACCGGCUCAUCCAGAGCAGCCUCUCCACGGGACAAGACCCGAUCGUCCGGCCUGUGAGCUGAGGGAGACACCGCAGAGCCUCCGGACUGAAGACGUGCAUCUCAUUACCACAGUCAGAAAGGUUGAGAGGAGGAAGGAUGGUGACCAUGGAAACCCCGGAGGCUCCUGUGCCCCUCACAGCACUGUCCCGCUGGUACCUCUACGCCAUCCACGGCUACUUCUGUGAGGUCAUGUUCACCGCCGCCUGGGAGUUUGUGGUGAACUGCAACUGGAAAUUCCCCGGCGUGACCAGCGUGUGGGCGCUCUUCAUCUAUGGCACCUGCAUCCUCAUCGUGGAGCGCAUGUACCUGAAGCUGCGCGGCCGCUGCCCCGUGCUGCUGCGCUGCAUCAUCUACACCUUAUGGACGUACCUGUGGGAGUUUGGCACGGGGCUGCUGCUGAGCCAGUUCAACGCCUGCCCCUGGGACUACUCCGAGUUCCGCUACAACUUCAUGGGGUUGAUCACGGCAGAGUACGCCGUGCCAUGGUUCUGCGCCUCUUUCAUCGUGGAGCGCUUGGUCAUCCGCAAAACACUGCGACUGCGCUUCCACGAUGGGGCCGAGGAUGGCUGGUCCAUCCACCGGUCGGAUGCUGGGAGGAGGAUAGAGAGGAGCAGAGGGAUGGGAGAUAGUGCUAACGGUUACCUUAAAGUGGACUAAACAGAGGGAAGGACACAGUCUGAAAGCAGCUCAGUCGCUCUGCUACACCUCUCCUGCCCUCCUCAGACACAUUGACAAGCAGUCCUCCUCACUAACUCUACUGGGACAAUACAAACAGACAGCUCCAUAGACUGGGCUGUUGUGCAGAGGUGUAUCAGACAAGCCAAAAAACAAAAAACCUAUAACUGGGGCUUCAAACGCCCAAAUCACUCACUACUGUCAACAGAGGCACAAUAACGCCAUGCUGCUGUGUUUGCUGCAUCUCAUAACGCACCCAUCUCCACAUGGGGUCGACCUUAAGGACAUCAGGGUCUUAAAUGACCAGGACUACACUUUCUGUUUUUUUCUGUCCCAUAGACUCCGAACAGCUCAUGGAUUAAAAACUAGCAGCUGCUGCAAAAAAUGUGUGUUAUCGUCGUGAGGCGGAACAAAGGAACAACAACAUUUACUUGUGUUUCAAGGGCACAUCAGUCAAUCUGAGAGCAGAAAGAAAAGUAGCUGCAGUAAUAACACAACCUUUUUAAAAUGUACAUACUGUUCUUUAGUAUUAUUCAAAGUACUGUAGUAAAGUAGCUGCAAGAAGCUCUUAAAGAACACGAAGUCCGCCCUGAAGCAAUGUGUCGGCUUAUGAAUGUUUUCUGCAGUUAGUGAAUACCCACAAUGCCUGGAAAAUAAUGCAUGAAAAAAAGUUGUCUUCCAAUAUAAUAUAAUACAUUUAAUACAUUCAGCAGUCGCACUGCACGUCUCUGAGGUGAGUCUGCUGUGUGUGUGUGUGUGUGUGUGUGUGUGUGUGCAUGUGCGUGUGUUUGGAGACGACAGGAGGAGGUGGAGCUGGUCGACGUGUGAUCACGGUCGACGCUCCUCCUGGUAACGUGUCGAAAUGUCCUUGAGAAAAACCCCAAACUGCUCCAGAUGAACGGGUCAAUGCACGGCAGCUUCUCUGCAUCUUAAAGCGCACCAAAUAAAACACAGUCCAUUCGUCAUAACAGCAGGGACGCCUCUCUGUUGAUGGUGAUAAUUAUAUAAUAAUUAUGAGUCAGGACCAUCGGCAUUAAUCAACAAACCUCUGGAUGAUUAAUUCCUCUCAAAGCCUUUUCUUGACUCACUGUCUGCGUCUAAUUCGUCCAUAUUCAUGUUGUCUCAGAUCUGCCAGGGUCUUGAAAGCUUUGUUUCGCUGGAAGUCCACACUCAUUCCUUUGAAAUCAGAUAAUUUACCUGUUAGACAAGUUUGUUUUGUUUAUCGUAGGGAGGAAACUCUCCCUAUUCUGCUGAAUGUCCUAUUACACUUCAAGUGUGACAGCAAUAGUUGCAGCUGAAUGACAGAGAUCUGCUGUGUGUGAGGGUGUGAGUGAUUUGGCAGAUUUGUUUAUUUGGACCUGAAUAUACAAUCUUAAGACCACACUCGACAUUCACAAGGAUCAGUUUGUCCAUUAGAACAAUUUUUUGGGUUGUCCACUUUUGUUUUUCAAGUAUUUGAAGCAAACUACAGUAACUGUGAUUAUUUAAUGAGGAAACCUUUACAUAUCGCCUGGUAAAACAAGUAACUUUAAAUGAACUGCUCAUUUCUUUCCUAUACGUGCAUGUGAAGUGACAAUAGAUUUGGUUUCCUCAGUGAAUAUUGACCUUUGUGGUAUUUUUCUGGACUUUGACUCUGUUUGUGUGAGAAAGGCCGCAGAGGUGAAGUUGCAUAUAAUCCAUGAGAGCAACUGUUUAACCAGGGACAUUAUCUCAACAGCACUAAUGUCCUACAUGUCAGAUAUUUGGUGCUUCAAGCAGAUGACAACAAAUAGAUCAACACUUAAAUGUGUUGUGUGACCUUCAUCACUGCGGCUGCAAUGCUAUGCAGUUUUUCCCUCCUCUGCCUCAGAUGAAGUGCUGCCACCCAGUGGACGAUUCGUAUACUGCAGCUGGAGACCUUUAAUUUUGGAUGAAAUGAGAAUGUACACAAACAUAUGAAGAUGGAGAAUCACCAUUAGGAUGAAGAAAAAUGUUUGUUUCUGUGCCUGUCACGUUUCUAAUUAUUUUUCAUUCAUGACCAACCUGGCUUAAAAGCAAUAGAGGUUUCUGACCCAACAACUCAACAGCAGCUAAAGCGUUUCAUCUUUAUCUUCUUCAAAAAUCUACUCAUGAGAACUGAUAUGCAGCAGAUAUCUUUAUCCAAUUCUACUGCUUUGAUGAGACGAAUCACAACAACAUGCAAAAUGAAGUGUAUUUGUUCUCUGCAAUACGUGAGUGGAGGAGUAUUAAGUGAGUGUGUGUUAUGUGUCGUACAGAGACACGUCUGUAUGUGUAUGUGCAUGUUGAGUAUAUGCUAAAACUGAACUGAAUCUCUGGUAUUUUUACUGUGAGGCUGCAUGUCUGAAAGUUUUCAAUUAAUCCUCCAAACUCUGACUCUACCCAAGUAGGUAUUAUCCCCAUGUACUGUAAUGGUUCAUUCAUUUUUAAAUAAGAAUGUAGAGGUUCUUAGUGAAACGACUGUACUGUAUAUCACUCACAUUAUGUUCAUGUAUGAUUUAUCAGAAUUUGGGAUUAAAUGUAUUUAUUUGAUCAUAACAAUCUGUGUGUUCAUUUCUGUCUGAUGAUAAAACA